UAACUCCAAAAUCGACCAAAAAUCCCCAAUUCUGUUUUUAACCCUAAAUCCCCAAAUCAAUUUUCAAACAUUCUCAAGCUCUAAAUCUCCACACACACACAUCGAUUUCUUCUCUGAAUUUUCCUUCUCCUAUCUCAAUGAGUACCAGUUCUGAGCAAUGUAUUGUUUGUGUCGACCGUGGGUUUCCGUCGAAAUGUAUGUGUGGAUCGGAGGUGACAAUAUACACAUCUAAAACUCAAGAAAAUCCAGGACGACCUUUCUUCCGCUGCAUAACAAAACGAAAGGUAUGUCUUAAUUUGGGACAUUUGUUCAAGUGGGUGGAAGAUUCUGUGUAUGAGGAGGUUGAAGAUGUGAAAACGGUGGUUGUAGAGCUAAAGGAUACAAUCAAAGAAUUGGAGGAAAAUGUGAUGUGCAAUAAAAAGGAAAUCCAGAAUGGCAAACUCUUGAUCAGAUUGUGUUUUGUGUGUCUAUUUUUGAUGUUCAUUGCUGUUGUCUACUUGAUGAUUGGUAAACCAAAAGACAUGAAUAUUGUUCUUGGUUACUAGUAUCUUUGCUUUGAGUUAGUGUCGUAGCUUUUCGUGGUUUGUUUAUGUAUUGUCUUAUGCAAUGAAACUUUUGUAA